CGAGGUGGGCGACCACGUAUUGUCUUUUACAUUUGGCUGGGCGUCCGAUUGAGUAACUUGGCAUUGAUUACGACAAAAGACAAGAGGGGAAAACAGAUAUACAUAUGUACAUAUAUAUGUAUAGGGAUUGCAAAUCGGUGGACAAUACAUGCUGGACAAGCGCUAGCCGAAAUUUACACAAAUCAGUUGAAUUUCGAGUGGGCAACCGAGAGGAGCUGCGUCUUUAAAGGGUAGCGAUAUGUGGAAGUACGUGUUAAUUACAUUCGGAUUAGUGUGGCUGCAGCUGCUGCUGCUGGGCACGGAGGCGACGCUCCUGGAGGGGUUCGACUUCUCCAAUGUGGAUCUGGUCAAUUUUCAAUACUUCAAGAACUUGGACUCUCAAGAUCCACGCUAUGGCGCCCAAGCGAAUCCCAUUAUAGUGCACUUCCAGAAGAAGAAGGCCGUCUUGGAUUACAUCGAACGACUGUUCUUCGGCAAUUCGCCGUUCCAGCAACCAAGCGAAAUACCCUUCGAUCCGCACUUCGGCCGCAACUGGCGGCCAGUUUACGAGCGAAAAUUCGGGCGACGAGGCGAAAAUCUAAUUGCGGCGCUUGGCGCGGGCUACUCCUUGAGUCAGCUGCGACACUUUGGCGCGAUACCGCGCAACACGAUCUGAGACUUGAAGGAGUAAAUUAUUAAUUUAUUUAUGAAAUAAAUCGUAAGUU